CGCGCCUCGGACGCGGGUCUGUGGGAAGUUUGGGGACUUGACAGUCGCCGCCGCCGCAGGCCUUCCUGGUAGCAGAGAGCUGAAGUAAUGAGAAGACACCAUGGAGGCCCAGUCCCACAGCUCCACGACCACUGAGAAGAAAAAGGUUGAGAAUUCCAUAGUGAAAUGCUCCACUCGACCAGAUGUCAGCGAGAAAGCCGUGGCCUCCAGCACCACUUCCAAUGAGGAUGAAAGUCCUGGACAGACCUAUCACAGAGAGAGAAGAAACGCAGUCACCAUGCAGCCACAGAGUGUCCAGGGACUCAGCAAGAUCAGUGAGGAGCCCUCAACAUCCAGUGAUGAGAGGGCCUCACUAAUCAAGAAGGAGAUCCAUGGGUCCCUGCCGCACCUGGCCGAGCCCUCCGUCCCCUAUCGAGGGGCCGUGUUUGCCAUGGACCCCAGGAAUGGCUACAUGGAACCCCACUAUCACCCUCCUCAUCUUUUUCCUGCAUUUCAUCCUCCUGUGCCAAUUGAAUCGCGACACCACGAGGGGCGUUACCAUUAUGAUCCAUCUCCGAUUCCACCGUUGCAUGUGCCUUCUGCCUUAUCUAGUAGCCCAACGUAUUCGGACCUACCCUUCAUUAGGAUCUCCCCGCACCGGAAUCCUGCUGCAGCAUCUGACUCCCCCUUCAGCCCUCCACAUCCCUACAUCAACCCUUAUAUGGACUACAUCCGGUCUCUGCACAGCAGCCCGUCCCUCUCCAUGAUCUCAGCAGCCCGGGGCCUGAGCCCCACAGAUGCCCCCCACGCUGGAGUCAGCCCAGCUGAAUACUACCAUCAGAUGGCCCUGCUGGCCGGCCAGCGCAGCCCCUACGCAGACAUCAUCCCCUCGGCUGCCACCGCGGGUGCUGGGGCCAUCCACAUGGAGUACCUGCAUGCCAUGGAUAGCACCAGAUUCCCCAGCCCCAGGCUGUCAGCCAGGCCGAGCCGAAAACGCACACUGUCCAUAUCACCACUGUCCGAUCAUAGCUUUGACCUUCAGACCAUGAUAAGGACAUCUCCCAACUCCUUGGUGACCAUCCUCAAUAAUUCCCGCAGCAGCUCUUCAGCAAGUGGCUCCUAUGGUCACUUAUCUGCAAGUGCAAUCAGCCCUGCCUUGAGCUUCACCUACCCUUCCGCACCAGUGUCUCUCCACAUGCAUCAGCAAAUCUUAAGCCGACAACAGAGCUUAGGUUCUGCCUUUGGACACAGUCCUCCGCUCAUCCACCCCGCCCCAACUUUUCCAACACAGAGGCCUAUUCCAGGGAUCCCUGCAGUUCUGAACCCCGUGCAGGUCAACUCUGGCCCUUCCGAGUCCGCACAGCACAAGCCCACAAGUGAGUCUGCAGUGAGCAGCACCGGGGAUCUGAUGCACAACAAGCGUUCCAAGAUCAAACCCGAUGAGGACCUCCCAAGCCCGGGGCCACGGGGCCAGCAGGAGCAGCCAGAAGGAACAACCCUGGUGAAGGAGGAAGGGGACAAAGAUGAAAGCAAGCAGGAGCCUGAAGUCAUCUAUGAGACAAACUGCCACUGGGAAGGCUGCACCAGGGAGUUUGACACCCAGGAGCAGCUGGUGCACCAUAUAAAUAACGACCAUAUUCAUGGAGAGAAGAAGGAAUUUGUGUGCCGGUGGCUGGAUUGCUCAAGGGAGCAGAAGCCCUUCAAAGCCCAGUACAUGCUGGUGGUGCACAUGCGGAGACACACGGGAGAGAAGCCUCACAAAUGCACUUUUGAAGGUUGCACAAAGGCCUACUCGAGACUAGAAAACUUGAAAACGCACUUGAGAUCUCACACUGGAGAGAAACCGUACGUCUGUGAGCAUGAAGGGUGCAACAAGGCUUUCUCCAACGCCUCAGACCGCGCCAAGCACCAAAACAGAACACAUUCCAAUGAGAAACCAUACGUGUGCAAGAUCCCAGGCUGCACCAAACGCUACACAGACCCAAGCUCCCUCCGAAAACAUGUAAAGACAGUGCAUGGUCCAGAGGCUCAUGUCACCAAGAAGCAGCGUGGGGACAUACAUCCUCGGCCCCCACCACCUCGGGAUUCUGGCAGCCAUUCACAGUCCAGGUCGCCUGGCCGGCAGACUCAGGGAGCCCUUGGUGAGCAGAAGGAUCUCAGCAAGACUACCUCAAAGCGUGAGGAAUGCCUUCAGGUGAAAACGGUCAAGGCAGAGAAGCCCAUGACAUCUCAGCCAAGCCCUGGUGGUCAGUCUUCAUGCAGCAGCCAACAGUCCCCCAUCAGCAACUAUUCCAACAGUGGGCUCGAGCUUCCUCUGACUGAUGGAGGUGGUGUAGGAGACCUCAGUGCCAUUGAUGAAACCCCAAUCAUGGACUCAACCAUUUCCACUGCAACCACGGCGCUUGCUUUGCAGGCCAGGAGAAACCCGGCAGGGACCAAAUGGAUGGAGCAUGUAAAACUAGAAAGACUCAAACAAGUGAAUGGAAUGCUUCCUCGACCGAACCCUAUUCUACCCCCUAAAGCCCCUGCUGUCUCUCCUCUCAUAGGAAAUGGCACACAGCCCAGUAAUAGCUGCAGUUUGGGUGGGCCGAUGACCCUUCUUCCGAACAGAAGCGACCUUUCUGGGGUGGACAUCACCAUGUUGAACAUGCUCAACAGGAGGGACAGCAGCACCAGCACCAUCAGCUCGGCCUACUUGAGCAGUCGCCGCUCCUCAGGCAUUUCGCCUUGCUUCUCCAGCCGCAGGUCCAGCGAAGCGUCCCAGGCCGAGGGGCGGCCCCAGAACGUGAGUGUGGCCGACUCCUAUGACCCCAUCUCCACUGACGCCUCGCGCCGGUCCAGCGAGGUCAGCCAGUGCGACGGCCUGCCCAGCCUGCUCAGCCUCACGCCCGCCCAGCAGUACCGCCUGAAAGCCAAGUACGCGGCCGCCACCGGUGGGCCUCCACCCACCCCGCUGCCCAACAUGGAGAGGAUGAGCCUGAAGACCCGCAUGGCCUUGCUUGGAGAUGCCCGCGAGGCCACAGGGACGCUGCCUCCUGUGCACCCUCCCCGGAGAUGUAGCGAUGGGGGUGCCCACAGCUAUGGCCGGCGCCCGCUGCUGCCGCAUGAUGGGCUUGGCAAUGGUGUGAGAAGAGCCAGCGACCCCGUGAGGACCGUCUCAGAGAGCCUCUCCCUGCCCAGGGUGCCAAGGUUCAGCAGCCUUAACAGCUUCAGUCCUCCCGGUUUGCCUUCAUCCCUGGAAAAGCGUAACUUAGUGCUUCAGAAUUAUACACGGCCCGAGGGUGGUCAGUCCCGCCACUUCCACUCCUCUCCCUGCCCCCCCAGCAUCACUGAGAAUGUCACCCUGGAGUCCCUGAGCAUGGACUCAGAAGUGAACCUGAAUGAUGAGGAUUUCUUGCCCGAUGAUGUGGUGCAGUAUUUAAAUUCCCAGAACUUGGUAGGAUAUGAGCAACACUUCCAGAGUGCCAUCUCUGACGACAGCAAAGUGCCCCAUGGGCCUGAGUUGGGGAGUGGCCAUGGUGACCUUGACCCAGCUGGGCUGCCAGAUAACCAUGCCAGCCAGCAGUACCGUGGCCUGGAGCAGCCCAGCACUGACGCCAACAAAAGCGACCUGCCCAUUCAGUGGAAUGAGGUCAGCUCGGGCAGUGCAGACCUGUCCUCCUCCAAGCUGAAAUGUGGCCAGCGGGGCCCGGUACAGCAGGCUCGAGCCUUUGGUUUAUGCAACAGCAUGGGCGUGCACCCACAGAAUCCCUUGAGGAAUGGCACUGGCCCAGCUGGAGGGUAUCAGACCCUUGGGGAGCAUGGCAUCUCCUACAGUGGUCCAGAACACUUGGUGAGCCAAACUGGCAGCACUGUCCCCAACGGAAACGCUUUCCAUGAACAGCCCUACAAGACCCAGCAGUAUGGGAACUGCCUCAAUAGGCAGUCAGGGCUCCCCGGCUCACUUGAUGGUACCUGUGGUGCUGGGAUCCAAGUGUCAAAGCUGAAAAGCACCACCAUGCAAGGGAACAGGAGCCUGCCAGACUUUGGCCUGCUGGUGGCACCAAGUGAGUCUGCUGGCAGCACAGUGAAUGGCGUGCUGACCCAAGACACAGUGGGACAGAGGUAUUUGGCUCAUCAGCUACAAAGCGACAGCAUGAACCCCCAAGGGGCAGGCCGCCCAGGUCAGCAGAUGCUAGGGCAGGUUAGUGCUACCUCACACAUCAACGUCUAUCAAGGGCCGGAAGGCGGCCUACCAGGGCCUCCCAGCAUCAGCAGCCAGCCGUCAAGCUUGGCAGUUAUCAGGGGCUACCAACCGUGUGCCAGCUAUGGGGGCAGCAGGCGCCAGGCUGUUCCAAGGGGUGGCCUUGCUCUCCAGCAAGGACAGCUCAGUGACACAAGUCAGACCUGCAGGGUGAACGGCAUCAAGAUGGAGAUGCAAGGGCAGCCCCAUCAGCUCUGUUCCAAUGUGCAGAGUUACUCUGGUCAGUUCUAUGACCAAACCAUGGGCUUCAGUCAGCAGGACAUGAAAGCUGGCUCGUUCUCCAUUUCCGAAGCUAGCUGCCUGCUGCAGGGGACCAGUGCUGAAAACUCGGAGUUACUUUCCCCAGGUGCUAACCAGGUGACAAGCACAGUCGACAGCCUCGACAGCCACGACCUAGAAGGGGUGCAGAUAGAUUUUGAUGCCAUCAUAGAUGAUGGGGACCACGCCAGCCUGAUGUCAGGAGCCCUGAGCCCAAGUAUCAUUCAGAACCUUUCCCAUAGCUCCUCCCGCCUCACCACACCGCGAGCGUCCCUCCCGUUGCCAGUGCUCUCCGUCAGCACCACCAACAUGGCCAUCGGGGACAUGAGUUCUUUGCUGACCUCCCUCGCGGAAGAAAGCAAAUUCCUUGCCGUUAUGCAAUAGGCUUUAGGAAAAAAGGACUGCCAACAGACGUGAAACUUUAGGAGUUUAAAAGAUUAAAGUGACUUGGUUUUUUGCUGGUUUAUGUUUUUAGUUCUGUAUGUAUUUUAGUAAUCUCAUCUCACCUUACUGGGAUGUGUUUCAAGUAUAUUCCUUUUAUGGAAAAGGACUCUGCAAAACCCUAAAGUGUUCUAGGGAGAAACUGUCUUUCAUUUCAGUUUUGAAUCAGUAUUGUUACACUCGAACCGCCCUCUUUUUUUUUUUUUUUUAAAACUGUAAGCCCACCCUUCCCGCCCCCUUUAGUAAACCAGUGUAAAUGUGUGCUGUGCAUGUUCUUUCCUUUUUUGAAGAAGAGGGGAAACUAAAGAAUUUGGCAUGUUUCUCUGUUACUCAAAGGAGACAGGAGUUGGUGUGCUUAUGACCAAGAGGUUACACUUCCAGCUUUUAAAACUUUCCUUUGCAUAUACUCAACUUUUUUUGUUGUUGUUGUUCCCACAUUGGGCACAAGAAUCCGAAUAUGGAGAGUGAGUCUAACUCUUGUGGGUGCACUGUAGUGUAGGUAACAGACUGUUAGCACGCUCCCCAGCCCUAACUCAGAUCAGGACAUACGUUCCACAGUUGCAAACAGUGAAAACCCGGGGCUCUUGCAAAUGAAAGCGUUUAAGUUUAACAUUUAAGUUUAAAAUUCUUCCUGUCCAUCAGAAUGCUUUGGGUGGUACGUCUAUAUGGUCAGUUCUCAGUUAUCUAGUUUGCCUUCUCUCCUCCAUCUACGUGAGCGCUCAGUGCUGCUCAGGGAGGGGGAGGGCACCUGGUGACGCUCACAUUGCUGCCUGCAUCUGUUCUGGUAAGAAGUUAGGUAGAUAUAGAUCGAAGCUAUUGGGUAGAGUUAGUUUGGGGUUUAUUUGUGGGUUUUCUGUAUUUGUUGAUUAGUUUCAUCUCUUUCCCCAUUAUCAUAGAUAACUGAGAAUUGAUUAUAUAUAGUUCUAAGUAUAUAGGUAUUUAAAUAACCCCAUAGCCAGCCUUGUCAUUAGCCUGGAUUAAUUCCACUAUGGUGAAAGAGUACAUCUGUGCGAAGCAUCCUAUUUUAAGGGAUUUAUGAAACUUAGUUUUAAAAGGAAAAGCUCACAUACAAUGACAUUUGAAAUAAAUUUCUUCAGCCAUUUUUAGUGUUUGAGAGCACAAGCGAGGACGCUUAGUAGCUGUGUUGAUGCCUUUUUUUUUUUUACCUCCUAUCUAUUAAAGCUGAAUUCAUUGAAGAAUUAAAUGUUUGAUACAGUUAGUCCCUAAUGUGGACUAAUAGCUUUAAUUUUGUUUUGGAUUAAAACAUUUAAAGAUUUUAAAAGUAAAGCUCCUCAUGUGCAGUUGAUACACAUAAAAGACAUACUAUGUGUGCACAGAGUACAUGGAUUAUCCAGCAUUUUACUUUAAAAAAUGUAAACUAUUGAAAUAAAAUAUUAACAUCUCAGACUACUUGCUGUAUUCUGUCCCCUUGACCCUGGAGUUGGGUUUAUCCAAAGUGAUUCAUGAUCAAUUGUGUGACUUUUCCUCCUUCUUCCGGCUAUUUAAAUUAGUAUUAGAAAGACAAAAUCAAGUAAAUUGAAAUAUUAGCUAAUAGAAAGAAUGUUAGGACUAGCCUGUUUUUCUCAUGUUUAUGGUCUGUCAUUUGGACCAAGACUCUCAGAAUGGAGGUAUAUUGGCCCUUUGACUUUCAGGCUAAGAGAGUUGGGUUUGCUUUCGACUUGAUGCUCCUGAGAUCAGCAGAGGGGUGCUGAGAUACCUUCUCCUCCUGCUGCCAUCCUUCCACCACACAGCCUUCUAAAUCAAAGGAUGCACCCAAUUUGGAACAGCCAAAAAGCUUAAGGACAACGGCUGAUCUCAGGGUAGUGGUGUCCAAUCUACCACUUUUUAACUGAAAAGGCAAGACUUGCUUUGUUUCUCAGAUAGGUUACGAUCUGGUUAUGAAAUCUGUGAUUCAUUCCCCAAAUAAUCAUUUUUCCGUGAGUCUCAAAAUCUCCAGAUCACCAUCUUAACUCUCAUACUUCUAUGGUUUGACCCAAACCCUGUCUUCCUCUGAAAGGCCCUUUCCCAGUAGGUAUUCCUGGUUGUGACCUGCAUUUCUCAGUUACCAUAACGCCUGUGUCACCUUGAAGCGUGACGGUGGUUGGGGUGAGCACUGCAGUCUUCUCCCUCAGCCCUCCCCUGUGCUUUCAGGAGACCCUCCUGGCUGACCCUUUCUUCACUUUUAUCUUUCAUAUUUGUUUCCCUUGCUACUGCCUGUAGACUUGCAGGAGACGCACUUCAGUUUAAUAUUUGCCUUCUCUCUAUGGAAAUCUCAGAAGGAGGAGAGGGAAGAAGAAAUUAGACUCUUCCAGUUCAGUGACCUGUGAUGAUAGUGGAUGGAAGCUCAUGUGAGGCCACUUAGAAGUGUCCUAUCUGGACAAGGAACUCAAGACUUGCUAUCUCCUAUGGCGGGACCCACCGCCAGCCUCCAGCCUUCUCUGCACAUCUCUGGUCUGUGCCUGAGGGAGGAGGUGCCAGUUCAUCAGUGUCACAUCCUGCUUUUUAAUAGAGGCUCGUACAUGGCCCUCCUGCUUGACAUCUGUGUUAAACACAUUUUUGUCAAACCAUUUUGCUUUAUUUUCUAAAAAAAAAAAAAAAAUAAACUAAUGAGACUGCCCCUGCUCCCCACACAUUGGCUCAUCCUCUUGAGCUGGAGUUUUGAUUCUGACGAUGUAUGUGCCUUAUUUUAUGUUACUCUUAUGGAUGCGAGGGACCAGUUGGCAUUGCCCAAUCAGAGCUCGAGGCUGCGGCUUACCAGCCGCGGGUACCCGAUUGUAGCAGAAUCUGAGCUGUCUUGUGACCUGGUUUCCUGUGCUAUUUUGAACUGAUUGGAGGAUGUUCCCUUCUGACAAGUUACUGUUGUGUAUCCUGCAAAUGUGUAAGAUAAAAUACAAGUUCAUUUUUUUCACCUUUUUUAGAUUUUUAAAAAAUGAAAUGUGUAAUCCUUUUUUAAAAGAAACACGUGUAAAUACAUUUAAGUAUUGUAGGCGUAGCGUGCGGACGCGGCCGGCCCGGGCCUUCCUCGAUCAGCCUGCAGCUGCUCGGGGCCCUGCCCUCUCCACCCGGGGCCGCAGGGCAGGGCCGCAGCCGCCACAGACGGACUCUGCUUUCGGAACCACUUAGUCCUUUUGUAACAAAGAAAGAACAAUGUUUCUUACAAUGUCAA